AUGUUCUCGUCCUCGUCCAGAAACUCUCUGUUCUCGCCCUGGACGUCCAUGGAGCAGUCGGACUCUGAAGUGUUGGACAUCAGCACCAAAGUGCAGCUGCACGGCGUGCUGUGGAAGAGGCCCUUCGGACGCCCGUCGGCCAAGUGGUCCCGCAGAUUCUUCAUCAUCAAAGACAGCUUCUUACUCUACUACGCGGAGAGUGAGAAGAGAAACUUUGAGACCAACAGGUUCUUCAACAUCCACCCCAAGGGAGUCAUUCCUUUGGAAGGAUGUUUGGUGUCAGCUAACGAGGGCCUGGGCAUGCCGUUUGCCAUCGUGGUCAACCUGGAAGACUUCUCUGGUACCAUAGUCCUGGCUGCUGAGUCUGAGGAUGAGCAGGUCCAGUGGAUGGAGAUGCUCCAGGAAUCAGGGAAAGUCACGUGGAAGAACGCCCAGCUGGGGGAGGCCAUGAUCGAGAGUCUGGAGGCUCAGGGGCUGCAGCUGGCCAAGGAGAAGCAGGAGUACCUGGAUAAACUGAUGGAGGAGACUGAGGAGCUUAGCCAUCAGAGAGCACAGAGAGAGGAGCUGGAGCGUCUGAACCAGGUUCUUGAGGAGGAGAAAAUGAAGUUUGAGGAGGUGGUGCUGGAGCUGAAGGCAGAGCAGGAGCAAAUUAAACUAGACCUGGACGGCACCGCUCAGUCCCUGAAAGGUGUGGAGAGUGAAAAAGAGGAGCUGAGCAGUUUGACGAUCAUGCUGCAGAAAUCCAUUGAGGAGCUCUCUCAGGAGAAACAGAGAACUCUGGAGCUGCUGGGGGUGAAGGAGCCGGAGGAGAAGGUGGAGGAGACCUGCAGGAAGUCUGAGGACAGCGAGGAGCUCGGAGACGUGGACCUGCUGCAGGACCUGCGCCACAUCGAGGAGCAAAUGAAGGUCCUGCUGCGUGAGAAGGAGCAGGCUGACGAUAAGCUCAGGGAGAUCGAGCAGCGAGCCAAAGUCCUGCAGCAGGAGAGGGAGUACUACUCGUCUCAGGCCCGGACCCUGCAGCAGUCGCUAUCUCAGCUCACCGCGGACAAACAGCAGACUGAGGCCGAGCUGAAGGCGGAGAUAGAGUCUCGGGUGGAGCUGGAGAAGAGGCUGAAGCAGGCCGAGGAGGCUCUGCAGGACCUGGAGAAAAGCCUCAACUCAGUGGAGCGGACCAAAGAGAGAGACGAGAAGAUGAAGGGGGACGUCACUCACCUGAGGAAAUUCUUCGAGGAGUGUAUCUGUGCCGCAGAGAUCGAGGCGAAGCUUCCAGCGAUCAUGAAGAACGCUGUGUAUCUCCACAAAGCUGCUGCACGCAGAAUCAAGAGCUGCCGAAUCCAGAGGAGAGCCUCCAGACGCCACUGGUUGAAACACUCAAAGUCAUUUGCUGUAGCAAACACUGAUGACGGCAGCAUGGAGGAGCUGAGGGAGACGGCCCGGCGGCUGACCUCUGACAGCAGCUUCAGAGAGAGCGUGUACAAGAUCAUCGCUCGCAAGGAUGCGACAAACAAAACUGAGGACUGAGAGGAGAGAGAGCGAGGUAAAACAGACAGACAGAGAGAGAGAGAGAGCGUCCUACCAGAGGAGAAAUGGUCCUUAGCUUUACCUCAGUCCACAGUCAUUGUUAGACAUCCUGAUCCCCAUCCCAACAUUAAUAUAGAUGAAUGUACAGUUAUCUACUUGAUGGCAUUUACAGACGCAAUCAUAAGCUAUUAAACAUACUGAUGAAGUUUAAUGGACAAUCUCGGACUGACUAAGAUAUGAAACCUUUAGAUUUAACUCGCCCAAAGAGUGAUGAUGAUGAUGAUGUUAAAGGAGAAGCCUGGUGAUAUUCUAUAGUUUUGUUUUUGUCAACGAAUCCGACAAAAAGACCAAAAAAUGUGUUAAUGCGUCUCUCAAUACUUUGACUUCCUGAGCUGGUCUGUUGUACUCAAUUCAAGUCCACGUGUUUCUACUGAAGACGUAAAUCUUUAAAAAUGCGUCAUGAAUAUGUAGUUUCAUUUUUUAAAAUGGCCACUGUAGUUUUUAGCAAAGGAUACUCAAACAGGAGUAAAUGGAGCUUUUGUUGGGGAUUAUUUUGAGCAGCAGAUUUGAUACACUAGCAAGUAUUUACACCACGAGGACAGUGUCUUUGGUAGGGAUGUGAAAUAAACUAUUGUUGCUGUGUUCAUGGUAAUGAAGGAGUAUGUCAGCUAUGUGUUUUUGGACAAUAAUGGAGGUCUAUCAGGCUUUGAAUAUACAGGAAGUAAUUGGUAUUUUCAUGGGAUUAGUUGACAACAAAAAUAUAUAAAUAUCACCAGACUUUCAGACAGAUUAAAACAGCCACUUUAUGAACUAAGAAACCUUCAGAUUUGAGCCAAAGAGGAAUUAUAAUGUUAUAAAUUUAAUGUAUAUUGAGAAUAGCUGAUCUCUUAUUAAUUGUUUAUUAACCUACUGAGUCAUUUCACACUUUUCUUCUUCAUUUGUUUUGGGACUCCAGACAGACCUGGUCAGAUGCUAUAGGAAACUGUGAAACACAUAGCAGACUGUAGCUUUGUACAUUGAGUUUGUGUUGUGUUUAGAUGACAAACGAUGCAAAUCCAUAUUGAAAAAUGUUUGUUUUUAUUAUUCUGGUUUUGAUUGUAUGCACAGAUUGUGUCCUUUUCUUAACAGAGGUUUGAUGAAAACAAUGAACUCACAGAUGUGUCUGAUAUCAACCUUGACCGUUUCAUUAUUGCUACAUCUGAAAAUAUGUCCUCAACAAAGCAACUCAAUGUCAUUUACUGAAGCAAGCGUUUCAUGAUAAUGUACAAAUGGUAACAGAAAAGAAGCCCACGUGUCAGGGGAAGGUAAUAAGGAACAUAUAAUGGACUGAACAACAUGCCUUGAUGCUAAAUAAAGCUGCGUUUGAACCUUG